AUGGAGGCGGAGGCUUUGGCGCUGCUGGGCCGCAGCGGGGCGGCGCUGAGGCAGCUGGGGAUGUGGCGCCCCCCCGCCUCCGGGCCGGCCGGUCCGCGCCUGCUGGGGGCGGUCUUCAUCGUCGCCACCUGCGCCAUCGUGGCCGUCGCUAGCGCCGUGCAGCUCGUCGUCGACACCCCCGAUGACCCGGAGACGCUGCGCGACGUCUUCUUCCAGUGCACCAAUUGUAGCUCCUGGACCAUCAGAAUAGUGCUGUUCAUGCAGCAGAGGGCGCGCCUGGGACAUCUAGUGAUGACGCUGCUGCACACAAGGAAGAGAUACGCCGAGUUAGUCCCCGGCAUCAGAAGUAGCUACGAUCGGGGCGCAGUGAUCAUCUUCUUUGCCUGGCAGGUUCUGCCGUUCACCUCUAUCUCGCUGUGGGCCCUGGGUCCGGUGACGGACACUCCGAAACUGGUGACGGCGGGCAACUCCAGCGUAGUCGAGCGCCGUGAACCAAUGGUCCUCUGGCUACCGCUCGACACCCAGCAGUCGCCCACCUACGAGAUCGUCUUCGUGCUGCAGGUCGUCGGCGUCGUCGCCAUGUCCGAGGUCAGCAUCCUGCUCGACAUCUUCUUCGUCUGCCUCAUGAUCCACGUCACGGCCGAGAUAGCUGUUCUCAACAAGAACGUCUCCAGCAUACACUUACUCGGUCUGAAUGGAGAGCGGAGUCAGCUGCUCGAGCUUGUAGAUAUGACUGCUGGUGGAGAGCUAUGCGUCAGCGAGCUGGAGCAGGGGAUGAGUGAGUCCACGUACGUCGUUCUGCUGGUGAACGCCCUUACCAUUUGUUUGCAAGCCUUCGGAUUUGUUGAGGUAGGUACCUAG